GUGUUACCUGAUGGUCCGUCUACUACUAACUAUACUACUACUACUAAUGGAAUGAAAAUGUACGACGCGUUGGAACGGUGCCCAGGUGCCUACUGUGGGAGAUCGCCUCUGGGAAAUGACACCUGGAGCAGCUGCGGGGUCUGUCCCCGAGGAUCCCGGGUGAACGAUGCAUACGCCUGCUCUCCGUGCCGCGAUGAACUGACCACGUACUCCUGGCUCUACCUGGGAUUCAUGACACUGCUGCCGCUCAUGAUGCACUGCUUCUUUAUCGACAUGGACGCCAAGGAUCGGAAGUUUUCCCGCAAGCAGCUUAUCCUGACGGCCAGCGCCUUUGUGGAGGUGGCCCUGUCCGCCGUGCUGGCCACCUUGUUCAUGGAGCCCAUGUGGGAGCUGCGCCUCUACGCCUGCGAUGUCCGGAAACUCACCGACUGGUAUACCUUGUUCUACAAUCCCAGUCCCAACUACGAGGCACGGGUCUACUGCACCCAGGAGGCAGUCUACCCACUACAAACCAUUGUCUUGGUAUUCUACUUCCUGUGCCUGGUGAACAUGUUUCUCAUCCGCCCGCUGGUCAGCAAAGUGAUGGAUGUGGGCGGCAGAAGCAAGGCGCCCAUUUACUCGGCCCUCUACUUUCUGCCCCUGCUCACCUUUAUCCAUGCGUUGGGAUGUGGGUUGAUCUAUUACUCCUUUCCCUACCUGAGCGUGGCCAUCUCCAUGGUGGCGAAUGCCAUCCACUAUUCCCUCAAACUGGACCAAACACUGAAGGCUCUGGUUCACUCCUCGGUGUGGGAGUUGAAGAACGUGGUCAUAAUAGCUGUCCACUGGAUGCUGCUGGCCUAUGGGAUAACCUCCCUGAAUUACCAUUACGCCUUCAUGUGCUUGGUGCCCUUCCCCACACUCUUCUACAUCCUGACCGUGCGCUUCACGGAUCCGGGCGAGUUCCGGGAGCUAGAGUCGAGAAUUUGAUGCGGCGACGUCCAGAUGCAAAUCUUCCACGCCCGGGGCACCCGGCGAUCGACUGUUGUUAUCUAUGUGUAGUGUACGCGUCGCUUAAUUUAUUUACACUUAGUGCGUAGCUUAGAUUCAGACCCGUUCCGAUUUUCACAUACUUUAGGCGAUUUCGAAUAUAAUCUUAUCUUUCAAAGCCAACGGUUCUGUAAACCACACCAAGUGAAGGUCAUUUCGCUUACUUACCAAGCGAUGUUAGAUAAUAAAAUCGCAAUCAAACGAAUUCUGUGAAGAUGAAAGUCGGAACAGGUCCUCUAGUGUACUCGUCGUUUAGCCUUAAUCCAUUCAUCGUUCUUUUCGUUUUAAUUAUAUUUCACAUUAAUUAUACACAUAUAGUAAUAUUAAAUACAAAUCAUCAGUUUCCCAUCUCUAAAA